AACGAAGAGAAUCUCAGUACCAAACAAUCGACAAUUCAAAAACCCCAAAGGUUCCCCAUCUCCAGUUCUAUCCAUUGUUAAUUCUUCCCUUCGCGAUUACAAGACCAUGGAUCCCAAUUUUCAUGUCGCGACAUCUCGGCUAAAUCUGUCGUAUUUUCAACCUGACCUUGACGAGCACUGCGACUUCUUCCUGGCCCUUAGGAAUUCCCCAGAGGUCGUCAAAGCCAAUGAGGGAGUUUCGGACGCAUUUCAAAGCCGCGAAUUAGCUCGGAACAACAUUAUCUCCAACCUUGAAGGACAAGCUGAAACCGGCUUUGGGCGCUACAUUGUUAGUCUUAAACCGACCGCAGGCGAUGGAAACGGAGAGUUCGCAUCAGAGUCACCUCAAGAUCGAAAAUACAUUGGCAUAGUUUCCCUCAAGUUGAGAAAGCAUCCCAGCGGGCCCACAGUGCCGGAUGUGGGCUUUUCACUAUCUCGACCGUACUGGGGAAAAGGAUAUGCUACUGAAGCGGCGUCCGGGUUACUUGAUUACUUCGCGAAAGAGAAGGGCGUGACUAAGGUUUCUGGGAUCUGCAAUCCUGAUAAUGAACAAUCAAAGGCAAUGUUCCGGAGGUUAGGAUUCACCGAUAGGGGUAUCAGAAGUCUAAAGGGAUUGGGAGAAGGAACAAGUGACCAUGUAGUUAGAGGGCAGGUUUGGACGAGAGGAGUGACUGGAGAUCUGAGCGAGUACCGAUUGUAGACCAAAGUUCCGGGCCGAUUCGCCUCUGCGGAAGGCAGCACAUCAAAGCCUUGUGUAACCAGAACUCCGCUCACUCCUUAUCAAAUCCUCAAUUGUUUAUUCUAGCACAUUACUCUCAGGGAGUAGCUCCUUACAAAGAUACCUUUUACUACUAGAUUAGAUAGAGGAUAUAGCCCCUAUACUUCUACCUAGUAAAUAGCCUCUAGUAGCUACCUAUCCUACUAUAUAAAAACCUUUUUCUUGUAUCUUAG